AUGGCGGUGGGGUUCCGUCGGACGCUCACGACGCUGGCGUCGUCCAAGUCGGUGGCGCCGUCGUUCCUUCUGGACUGCGCGCGCCCGAAGAAGCUGUCGUACGCGCGGGUGCGGUCCACCAGCCUCCCCGUGCGCCUUCACCCUCUCGCGGCGGCGCUGCACGACUCGGCGCGCGCGCUGCUGGCGUGGGCCGACGCGCCCGCGCAGACGGGGCCCGCGUGGGUCGCCGACGGCGCCGGGCGCGCGGGCCGCGUCCUGUCGGGUCUCGCGGACCUGCUGGACCACCCGCAGGCCCGCGACGCGCUGCGGCGGCACCCCUGGACGGAGCAGCUCAUGGACGACCUCCUCCUCCUGGCGGACCUCCACGGGUGCUUCCGCGAGUCGCUCGUGGCGCUGAAGCAGAUCCUCGCCGAGACGCACGCGGCGCUGCGCAGGCGCGACUACGGCGUCCGCCUCGCCGCCGCGCUGCGGGCGCAGCGGCGGUCGGCGCGGGAGGUGUCCCGCCUCGCCUCCGCGGCGCGGGACCUCUCCCACCGCGCGGCGCCCGACGACGAGUCCGACGAGGCCACGCUCGCCGACGCCUUCGCGGCCGCCACGGCCGCCGUGUCCGCCGCCUCGUCCGCGGUCUUCGCCGGCGUGUCGGCCGCCUCCGCCGAGUCGGCGGCCAGCGCCGCGCCGUCGCCGAGGACGCCGACGACCUACUCCCCCGCACGGACCCCCGGCAGCCCGAUGUGGCUGGUGACCGACCUGCUCCGGCGGCGGCGGACCGUGUCGUUCGAAGACUCGUGCAACGAGGAGGAGGAGGAGCGGAAGGCCGCCAUGGGCAGGGUGCGCGGGCUCGAGGAGUGCGUCGACGCCGCCGAGGCAGGCUGCGAGGAGCUCGCGCUCAGCUUCAAGGGCCUGAGCUACGCGGACGUCGAGGAGGACCACUCCGUCGGCAAGAGCGAGCUGCUCCUCAAGUCCAACCCGGUGCACAAGAAGUUGCCCGUGCUCCUCCACGACGGUAAGCCCGUAUGCGAAUCGCAGAUCAUCGUGCAGUAUAUCGACGACGACGAGGCCUUCGCCGGCACUGGCCCGUCCCUCCUCCCAACCGACCCGUACCAGCGCGCCCUUGCUCGCUUCUGGAGUGCCUACGUUGAUGACAAGCUCCUAGCCUCGUGGUUGCAGUUGACAAGGGCCAAGACACCGGAGGAAAGGGCGGAGGGGCUGAAGCAGACGCUCGUCGCGGCUGAGUACCUGGAGGCGGCGUUCAAGGAGAUCUCAGAGGGCAAGCCCUUCUUCGGCGGUGACAGCGUUGGGUACUUGGAGGUCACGCUGGGGGCCCUGGUUGCGUGGGUGCACGCCGCCGAGAAACUGGACGGGACGAGCCUCUUUGAUGGCGCGAGGACCCCGCUACUGAAUGCGUGGGUGGAGCGGUUUGGCGCCCUUGAAGCGGCCAAGGCGGUGCUGCCAGACGUCGACAGGCUGGUCGAAUUCGCUAAACGGUGGCAGCCCCAAGCCACGGCAACUGCAGCCUCGAACAACUAA